AUGCGUGUCUCUUGCUUUUUCGUGUCUGUUGCCAUCAGUAUGAUGCUUGCUGAGCAAAACAAUGCUCUUCCGCUCGGGGGUCUUUCUAGCCUUCCGCUUCUAGGAAACCAAGGACAACAGGUCGGCCAAGGAUUGCCGCUCCUCAACACCGUUGGCUCCCUCGCCAACGGCCUCCAAAGCCUUCCUCUGCUCGGCAGUGUCGGCUCUGUCGCCCCCGUCACCCAAGGCCUCACCUCCCGAGUCGGCUCGUUGAACAACGCUGUUCCACAAGUCAACAAGGUCGUCCUCCGCCGUCAAAGCCUGCCCCUUCUUAACACCGUUGGCUCCAUCGCCAACGCCGUCGAAGGCCUCCCCCUGCUUGGCAGUCUUGGUUCUAUCGCCCCUGUCACCCAAGGCGUCACCUCCCAAGUCGGCCCGUUGAACAACGACCUUCCCAAUGUCAAGAAGGUGGUCUCCGGAACCGCUCAGGCCUUGCCAGCGACCCAACUCUCAUCGAGCAAGAUUUCCCUUCAACGCCGACAAGGGUUGCCGCUUCUUAACACCCUUGGCUCUAUCACCAACGGCGUUCAAAGCCUCCCCUUGCUUGGUAGCGUUGGGUCCGUCGCCCCUGUCACCCAAGGUCUCACUUCCCGAGUCGGUUCAUUGAAUAAUUCGGUCCCCCAAGUGAACAAGGUCGUUUCUGGAACCACCAGCACCCUGCCAGUUUCUCAAUUAACCAGCAAGCUUCCUUUGCUCCACAAGCGUGCCAACAGUGUCCCAGUCGUUGGCACCUUGCCCGUCGUUGGCUCCAUCCCCGGUGUCAAGGAGCUCGGUGCUAUCCCCGGUUUCAGCAGUCUUCCUUCGAUGGACUCGCUCCCCGGCUACAGCGGUCUUCAGGCUUUCGAUGCCAUCCCAGGUUUGAGCAGUGUCGAGGCCAUCGGUGACGUCAUCCCCUUGUCUGGCUUCACCAAGCGUAGCGGUGGUAUCCCCGGUUUGGGCUCUAUCCCGGUCCUCUCAUCCUUGCCUGGUGUUCAAAGCAUCCCGGGCAUGUCAUCCAUCCCCGGCCUUGGUGCCAUUCCAUCUGCCGACAGCAUCCCCGGAUUCAGCUCGCUUCCAUUCAACAAUGGGAUCCCGGGCCUUAGUGGCGUCAAAGGCCUCACCUCCGCUUUACCGAUCCCCAACAUCUUCAAGCGAGACUCUGGCCUCAGCUCUCUUCCAUUGCUCGGCGCCCUUCCCCGGACUUAG